AUGGGAUAUAUUGGGGUAAAUUUGGAAGAAAGACAAAAAACACAGAGAGUUUUCACGAGGACACAACUAGAGUUAACAUAGAAGGACAAUACAGAAUUCGAACAAGGGAUAUUCCAUUGUCACCGAUUAGACCAUUGGCUGUUGAGGAGUAUCGAAGCACCAACCAAAGUUUGUGACGGCCGAGCAAUUGGGAAUGCACAAAGUAUUCCAAAAUGACAGGAUCGUAUAUCAUAAUGCUGCUUCUAUUGGGAUUCACAAAUGAGCAAAUGGUGGCCCAAGUCAUUGAAAACAAGCGCACAUUAAGAAGUGGAGAUGAUAUUGUGAUAAGCUGUGAUUUUGAGCCUGGUAUGUGUGGGUUCACUGACGAUUCUCGAGGAGAGUUCACCUGGUUACGUCACAAUGGAAAUACUGAUACAGAUAAUACUGGUCCAAGCACGGACCAUACUAAAGGGAAUGCUAUUGGCUAUUACAUGUACGUAGAGUCAUCUCCACCCCGUGAAACGGGUAACAUUGCCCGUCUACUGUCUCCCAUUAUUCACGCCACAGUUCCACGUGAUCUACACUUUUUCUACCAUAUGUAUGGCAAAGAUAUUGGCACGCUCAACGUUUAUAUCAUAGACCUUGCAGGGACAGAGAGGAAGGUCUGGAGCAUUACUGGUGACCAGGGGGAUAAAUGGCAAGAAGUUAAAUUGGACCUUCCCGGUGGAAACUACAAGGUUGUAUUUGAAGGUAUCAGAGGAGUUGGUUUUGAGGGCGAUAUAGCCAUUGAUGAUGUUGUCAUAUCCCCUAAAGUUAAGACUAUCAGUGCCUGCAACUUUGAAAAUGGUAUGUGUGGCAACACACAAGAUACAGAUGAUGACUUCAAUUGGCAACGAAGUCAUGGACAAACAGUAA